UCGAAGCCGGCAUGUGAAUCCAUAGUGCACGAGCUUCUUUUUAUCUUUAUUAAAAUAAAAUAAACAUUCAUUUUAAUAGUAUUUUUGAGAAGAUCGUUUUAUAUAUUAAACAAAUAUUCCAAAAAAGUCUUAACUUAAAUACGUCUAUUUUAUGAACAACAUUUCAAGAAUUGAAGACUGCUGGAUGAAAGUACCACGUGUCGCUUUGCUACUAACUUAAAUUUUUAUUAAUAAAGAGUGUCCUGGCUGUAAACAUAUUUAUAGAAAGUGAACAAGAUCUUGGCGUUUCACAUAUUUGCUGGUAUCGUUUCACAAAGGCUGUGUCACCACGUGCCAAGUGAAGUGUAACAUGUUAGUCCCAACUGAAGGAGAUUUGCGAGAUGGUCUUUCUGCUGCGGAGAUUUUCGCUAAUAGCGAAGGUCUUACCUAUAAUGACUUUCUGUUAUUACCUGGAUUCAUUGAUUUUACUGCCGAAGAAGUGGAUCUAACAUCACCACUUACCAAAAAAAUUCAAUUGAAAGCACCUCUAGUGUCCACUCCCAUGGACACAGUGACGGAGGCAGACAUGGCAGUAUCUAUGGCCCUUUGCGGCGGUAUCGGCAUCAUACACCACAACUGCACCCCUGAGUAUCAAGCUAAUGAAGUUCAUAAAGUAAAGAAAUAUAAGCAUGGAUUUAUCAGAGACCCUGUGUGCAUGGGCCCAGAAAACACUGUUGCUGAUGUUAUAGAAGCAAAAAAGAAAAAUGGUUUUACAGGAUAUCCCAUCACAGAAAAUGGAAAAUUAGGUGGCCGCCUUAUAGGCAUUGUCACAUCUAGAGACAUAGACUUUAGGGAGGGAGAUCCACAACUCAGCCUCAAAGAGGUCAUGACUCCCAUAGACGAAAUGAUCACUGCCCAGUCAGGUGUCACUCUGCAGGAUGCCAAUUAUAUUUUAGAAAAAAGUAAGAAAGGAAAACUGCCAAUCAUCAAUGGAUCUGGUGAGCUUGUGGCACUUAUAGCUAGAACAGAUCUAAAGAAAGCUCGCAGCUACCCAAAUGCAUCAAAAGACUCCAAUAAACAACUACUGGUUGGAGCCGCUAUUGGUACUCGUGAGGCUGACAGAGAACGACUCAAACUGCUUGUUGCAAAUGGUGUGGAUGUCAUAGUUCUUGACUCUUCUCAAGGAAACUCUGUUUAUCAAAUUGAAAUGGUUAAAUUCAUAAAAAAUACAUAUCCCAAUAUCCAAGUUAUUGGGGGUAAUGUUGUAACAAGAAUGCAAGCAAAGAAUCUCAUAGAUGCUGGUGUGGAUGCAUUGAGAGUUGGUAUGGGAAGUGGUUCCAUAUGUAUCACACAAGAAGUAAUGGCCUGUGGGUGUCCCCAAGCCACAGCAGUCUAUCAGGUAUCCUCAUAUGCUCGGCAAUUUAAUGUGCCGGUCAUUGCUGAUGGUGGCAUCCAAUCAGUUGGCCAUAUUGUUAAAUCCUUAGCAUUAGGAGCAUCUUCAGUUAUGAUGGGAUCACUCUUAGCUGGCACAUCUGAAGCACCCGGUGAAUACUUCUUUUCUGAUGGUGUAAGACUUAAGAAAUACAGAGGUAUGGGUAGUUUGGAAGCCAUGGAAAAUAAAGAUGGCAAAGGUUCAGCCAUGAGCAGAUAUUUCCAUAAGGAGACGGAUAAGCACAGAGUGGCGCAAGGUGUUAGUGGUAGUAUUGUAGAUAAGGGAUCUGUCUUAAGAUUUCUUCCAUAUUUGCAAGCUGGAAUGCAACACAGUUGCCAAGAUAUUGGCGCCAGAUCAGUAGCUGUUUUACGUCAAAUGAGUUAUUCAGGUGACUUAAGAUUCAUGAAGAGAACAUACUCUGCGCAAUUGGAAGGCAAUGUACAUGGCUUGUUCUCUUAUGAAAAACGCUUAUUUUAAAUAUGUGUUUUGUGAUAUUGUAUACUUAAAAUUAAAGCCAAAAUAAAAGUAAUGAAAACACAAUUUCAGUUUUACAGUAGACAAUAUUAUUUUUUGUAAAUGAAGAUGUAUAAUUACUAUAUGACAGAGUAAAAUAUUAUUAACUGGACUAAUAUAAUAUAUACAUUAUAUAU